UUGGAUUUUAGGGGAAAUUUUUCUCCCUGUCUCACUUUUUUAACAGGAUUAGACAUUUUCAGCAUUCCCCGUUUGUUUUCGUGAGUUACCUGUGGUCCAACUUUAGAGUUUUAGCACAAAAUGACACUUCAAAAUGAAACUAAAGCAGCAUCACUAGCUUCUAUAGUGACAGAUAGCUAUAUAAUCGAUAUUUAGGCUUAAAGAAGUGUUACAAAGACAACUCUGGCGGCUCUUACCCUUCUUCCAACAUCGCAAACUAACAACAGACGGUUGAUUUAAUCGUCAAAAUACGAUGUUUGCCACAUAAACAUACUCGGCUGAUAAAGACCUACUUAUUUAUUCCAGAGACACCUCUUACAAUAGCGAAUAAAAACGGACUGUGCAGAGCUCCGCUGCCUUUUUAACCAAUCCAAGUUAGCAGUAUUAGGUAGUCCUGUGUUGCCAAGGCAACAACAGACGCUGUUACAGUAUUCCGGUUGGACUCGGAAGUCGAGUAUUGACCCGAUCCGAUACAGGUGAUUGAAAGGAUGAUCAAUGAUGAUGUUGUUGUUGUUUUGGCGUUAGGAAACACACACAAUACUACUUUUUUCGACUUUCAUACAUUCCCCAGACCAGUGGUUCUGAACUGGUGGGUCCCGACCCAAAAGUGGGUCGCGGCCACGUUCUGGGUGGGUCGCGAACAGCUGGUCAAAAGGGUAAACGUUAAAUGCGCAUCUGAUGUUUCACGUGUUUUAUUUUGAAAGGCACAUGUUAUGUUGUGGUCCUCCUUUUGAAUUUCCCGCUGGGAUUAAUAAAGUAUCUAUCUAUCUAUCUAUCUAUCUAUCUAUCUAUCUAUCUAUCUAUCUAUCUAUCUAUCUAUCUAUCUAUCUAUCUAUCUAUCUAUCUAUCUAUCUAUCUAUCUAUCUAUCUAUCUAUCUAUCUAUCUAUCUUAAUGUUGCCUGAAUGUAGUAAAAAUGCUUUUUUUUUGUCUCUAUAUUGUUCAAUUUGAUAUUUUCUGUAUAUGCAACUCUAGUAGUUGUCGUCCUCAGUCCAUGUGCUCUGAAAUGCACUGUACUCAAUAAAAACAGAGUAUUUAUGUUUAAAGUUUUUUUUAUAUAUAUAUAAAAAUAAAUUUGUUUAGUUUGAAUUUUAUAAAAGUAGGUCGCGACUGAAGGACUAUGGGAAAAUGUGGGUCCCAGAGUGACACCAGUUGAGAACCAUUGUCCUAGACCCAGGUAUUGUGGAGCUGCAAUGUCGUCAAGCAAGUCAAACUCGACACAGAAAUUACCAUAAUUAAACUCUCUCAUUAAAAUUGAAUUUUUAACUGACAGAAGAAUUAUUAAAACAAUAAGCUGAGUAAUGUCAGGAGGAAACUGUAAAUUCCUAAAACAAACGUUUGUCCCCUCUGGUGUCAUAUGAUGUUUUAAAGAGACAGUGCCAAAAAGUCAAAAAUAAGCUAUGUCAAAAUGGUUUUCAAGCGUGCAAAGAGGAGGAGCAGGGGUAUUCAGGUUAUUUGUUUUAUUUAUCUUAUGUUUCAGGCAACACCUGUCAAAACUGUCCCAGUUGGUUAUCCCGGUUGUAACAAAAAGAGUUAAAGAAAAAUGCAAAAAAAAUUCUGACUGAAGCCUUUCCUUUAAGGUGUGUGAAUGAUCAACGAUCAAUAUUAUUGUCAGAAAUAGAGGCCCCCAAAAUCAAACUUUGCUUAAGGCCCCACUGAGGCUUGGUCCGGCUCUGCUCAGAUCUUCAAACAGAGAAGACAUCCGCUCAAAAAUCAUUUGGAGGUAACUUCUCGCGAUAACACCUGGGCACUGAAAAGAUUUACAUGCUCUCGCGAGAAUGGGGUGUGCUUCCCUCUUCGAUUCACGUAGGAUUUACGUCAGUCUCCGUGCGUAGAGCCGUUGAGUGUCGUGGGCGUUACGUGCCCGCUAAUGCGCAGCAGCUCCAGCAGCAGAAGGAGGAGUGAGGAGGGGAAUGUCGGCUUGCUUGUGAAUGAUCGUUUUUUUGAGGCGGCCGGGAGCGUCAACGUUAUGGGUGAGACUGCUGCAGUCACAUACACUCACGGCUUAUAUUCAGAGUGGUGUUGUAAAAUUAAUCUGUGACGGUUAAAGUCGGAUGAGGUUCGCUUUUCGGAGCUUUUUUGAGCUUCUGCAGUUGUCUGAGUAACCAACGCCCAGUCGUCCGCCUCCAGUUGGAUGGGCUGCUAGCUGGCUAGUUGUUAGCAUUGGCUUCGGCAGCAGACUGCAUAGCCUAACGGGAGAGUCAUUUCCUGCCUGAGUAUUUCUGUAAACGUUUAACAAAUCCAAAUAUAUUAAUGUAACUCAGUGGUUGUCGAUAAAUACUAUCAAACUGACUAACUAGCUUACUUCUAGUAUGUAACGUUCACUAACGGCUCCCUCUGAAGCUGUAGUCAGUUUGAAUAAAGAGGGAUAUAACACCCCGGGAUUUUUAAGCAUUUUAGCUUUGUUUUAGGUUAACUUGACUCCUGAGAUGAUAGUCCUACAGUGAGCAGAGGAUCAUAAUCACUGAUGCUGAUGUGUGCAUGAGUCCGAAAUGCUGCUUCACAUGCAAAGCCUCCACUUUUCUGUCCUUUGUGUGCCAGAGAGAGAUGGGGGGCUGCAUCCGUGCGUGAUCAAUAGAUUGAUUAAAUUGCCUUUGCUGGGGCAUCAAGGAUAGGCAGUUAGACACAAACAAGUCAGAUGUGCCACGGUGAGGUAUAAGGAGGUUACCGGGUUGGCUUUUAAUCUGGAUUAAAGUGGAUCUAGUACCUAUCAGGUCUGAGGAGUCUGAGGCCACUGAUCUUAAAAAAAAGUCAAAACAUGGACCCUGAUGAGUCUGUAUGUUAUAAACCUGAAACUUGGCAUCAAUCUGUUUUAUUGUAAAUUACCUGAAUAAGGAAACUCAAGUUACGUCCUCAAUCUGCUGCCACUUCCUUUCAGACAUUGUCUGACAGGAAACAGACAGCUGUCAUUCAAAAUGACACAUCAGACAUUUUUUCUCAGUGUGUUAGGUUACAGAAAAACUGCUGUCGUAGAGGAUAAUUGGCAAUAAUCUGCUAAUUCAUAUGAGAGCUUCUGGAUAAUGAAAUGCAACCACUGUGAGAGGUUUUCUGUCUUUGUAAUGCAGGAUGAAAAAAGGAAAUCAAUCAUGUUAAUUUGAUCUUUUAAUAUACACACAUAUAGAAUGUGACAAUUCUGUCAUGGUUUGUGACUCACUCCCGCCUGAUAUCCGGAUAAUUGACUCUCUCCCUCUCUUCAAAUCCAGACUCAAAAAACCACCUGUUCAGAUUAGCGCACUCCUUAUAAUUGACCUUGUCAUGUUUUGUGUUGUUUUGUUUUCUCUAUUGCGUUUAUCCUGCUGUUUUGACUCUGUAAAGUGUCCUUUAGUGUCCAGAAAGGCGCUUAUAAAUAAAAUGUAUUAUUAUUAUUAUAAGUCCAAAAGAAAGCUCUUUUUACCUGAACUGCUCAACCCUUUAACAACAAAUCUGACACUAGACCUGCACUACAUGAAAAAAAAAUUCAAUUUUACCAUCACAAGUAGAAGUAGAUUUGGGUCAAUUAAUCAGUCAGACCAAUUACAGACUUUUUAAAAAUAAUCAAUACCUUCACUCAUGAGGCGAUUGUAGAAAUGAUGUCUGCAGACACUGCAGGCAGUCUGGUCAGUGUGGCUGCUCUGAAGCAACAUUAAUGUUUUAAAUGAAAACAGAGUUUUUCUUUUUAGCCGACCAGAUCUCAAACAGUGACUGGAUAGCACUUAUGUGAAAGCAGUGUAGAUGUAUAAUAAUGCAGUUUAAUAUAGCUUUUCACAAUAAUAAGUCAUGUUCUGAAAUAUAGAGCUUAACUUUAUUCAUUAUUAUUUCUAUUUCAUGAAUGAAAUUCACCUGAAACAUGUUUCUUGCUAAGAAAAAGUCAUUUUUUUGACAAAAAUGAGUUUUUGGCCUACUAAUUUUCGUCAAAAAUGACUGGGGCCAUUAUUUUAACAGGGUGACGAUAUGAUUGUGAUGUGCAUGGAAUCAUGGAUGCUAUACAGAAACAGUCUGAUAUGAUAUAUACCAUGGGCAUUGGCCUAUAAAAAAAUAUUGAUGACCACUUACUAGAAGUUUGGUAAAUAAUCUGAAGAAGAAAUGCAAGAAUGCAUAGGAGCUAAAAUAACUCAUACUUUCUGUUGUCUGCUUUACCAAUCUUACUACCUGUCUUUGCGCCGUGUCUCCUUAAUCCAUCAUACACCAAAAAAGCAGUUUUCUCUCCUCUAAACUAUCACUAAUAAAUCUGUGGUUAGUUGGCAGGUUAGUGUCAAAGCAUGAUAAUAAGAAUAAGAAAACCUUGGCCUUCUAAAAAUGUACUAAGAGAGAAAACAUUGAAUUUUUGUGUUAAAAGAUUUCUAACUUUAUUUCGAUAAGUUUAGAUUUGUGCAGUAUGUUUAUUGCACAUGCUCACUUCACAGUAUCAGUGAACUUCUAUUGCUCAGUCCAAAUUCCUUCUUCAUCCCGAAUUCAUUACAGGACCAACAAGUGAUGAUUAACAAACCGAAGAAGUUUGAUUACGCUGAUAUUUAACUGCACUUCCUGUGGGCAAAUCAGCAUAUUAAGCCACAGCGUCACACCAGAGACACGUGGGCUGUUGUUAGUAGGCAGGAGAUGCUCCAGUGAUAUCGCCAGAAAUCUUCUCCUCGCCACAGGCGAAAAGAAAAAGCUGCAGCAGCCGAGAACGGGCCCCUGCUUUAUGGUGCUACUGACAUUAAAGGAGCAAGUGGAGUGGAAUAUGUACCACACCGGCCAACUGUCUGUGUUGUUAUCGUAGCCCAGAUCAUGAAUCAUUUUGCCCCCAGGCCCCUCAGCUUUGGGAACUGAUUCUAGACACAGAAUGGGUUGUUUGUCAGAUGGCCUCAGAUUGAUUCCCUGUUGCUUUUUUUUAUUUUUGUGCUCUCUCAUUCUAUCUUUCUCUCCCUGUCUCUCUUUGCUUGCUGACCCCGGAAAUACUGGAUUGCCCCUGCACUUUGGGAUUCCACCAUAUUGAUCUUCACAAAACAGCAGUAAGUACAGAAAUGAUCUCAAUGUCUAAAAUUACCUCCCAAAAAAGAAAUAUACAGAAUACUAUUUUAUUGUUUAUUUUUCAGCGCAGGUCAAAAUAAUGUAGUUCCUUAAAUGCCAGCAAUUGGACCCCACACAGAAAGCAUCCUCAAACAUCUUAACUCUAAAUUUUACAGCAGACCUGAUGUGCCAUUGCAAAAUCAUUCCAUACAUGUAACUGACGAGUACAGAGAGAAUAGAGAAGCAGAUCAAUUGGGAAUGUCCCGAUCCCAACUGUUGGAUCAGAGCCUGUGUAGGCAUUUUUAUGGCUGAUUGGCUUUUGGCAAAUACAAGUAUUGGAUCGGAACUCAGCAUUGGCAGAUUCUCAAUAUGAAAAAACAAAAUCAGAUCGGGAUCAGGGGCUUGAGAGGCUGAUCAGGACGCCCUUAAUAUCCAUGUGACUGAUGCCCUAAAGCUGAAAAACUAGAACAGUGGUCUGAUGUGAGGUGAGAUAAAAAGAAGGAAACUGAUCUGUUUUAUUCCCUUUUAAUUUGGUUUUACUAUUCCACUUCAUUUGAGAUUUAUAUUAGUAAUUAUUCUGCCACACUCUGCAUGUUGAUGUUUGAAACUGUUGAAGACGAGGGUUUAGUGGGUUAAAGAAGCAGCCGUGUGGGAACCGUUUCUUCUCAGCUUUGCAGCCGUGGAAUGUGUUCGCGAUAAUAUUUCUUCAUGGUUUCUGAUGUGUUUAUUUUCAUUUCUCUCUUACAGCAGCAAAAAAAUCUGGAAGGAUAUGUUGGGUUUGCGAGCCUCCCCAACCAGGUCUACAGAAAGUCCGUGAAGAGGGGCUUCGAGUUCACCCUGAUGGUCGUCGGUAAGAACACAUGCUGCUCAGCCCUCUGUUUGCUCUUGUUUAUAUGAAUCGUUUCUUUGUAUUUGUUGCGGUUUCCGUUUUAAAAUCUGUCGCUGUGGUUUUGCUUUUUAAAGUGAGAGGUAGGUGGUGUGUGAGUGUGUGUGAGUGUGUGUGUGCAGCCAGAAAGAGACACGGUCCCAGCUUUGUAGUGUUAAUUGCUGAAUCAGAGAGGAGAGGACUGUUGCGUUACUCUUUCAUGUAAUUAACCUCGUGUCACAUCCUUAAACCCGUCCCCCCACCAGGACAGAAACACUUAAAUGGAUUUAUGAAGCGGCUCGCAGCAAAUCAAAAACGCAGGCAUUCUUUUCAAAUGCCGGGAUGUGGUGUUUGACACCAGGCCAACAUCCUCCUCGGCUGAUCUGGCCCUGUUUGGAGGGAGAAAGUCCUCGGGUCAAAACCAUUUCCUGUGGUGGGACCAACAGAGUUUUUACCCAGCAUGCCUCCAAGAAUAGCCUGCAUCCCGUCGUGUUCCCUCCACUUCGUUUCUGCGGGCCCUGUGCUCACUGUGCCGCUGACACAUUUCAGUUACUGAGCAGUCCGUUAAAAGCUGAAGUGUUUAAUCAACUUUUUCAAUCAUCUGUUUAUUGAUUUGAGCUGUAAAAAAUUUAGAAAAUCUGCUUCUUCCAGUUUCUAACAUGUGAAAUCUGCACGGCGUCUCUUCUUCCUCCGACUAUGAACUGAAAGUCCUGUGCUUGUUGGUUGUUGCAGCUUUUUUAUUGUUCUGAAGUACUCGCAUUAAAACAUCCCCAUGAUGAGGCACUUUGGUUUGUUUGUUCCUGCUCUUUGCAGUGUCCUUUGUCAAUGCCGUGAAACUAGCGGUCCUCUGGGGCCCGUGAGUGUUUCAGUGUGUUUGCAACAAAACGCAUUCAGGGAGUAAUUAGAGGAGAUACAAUGGCAUUGCAUCUCGCAGUAAAGACAGUAGAGAGGGUCCUCUGGGCUUGGUGGUAGUUAAAUGGCUGCCAUUGUUUUUGUGGAAUCAUCAAACAUGAAAUUCAGCUUCUCUUGGCUCAGACGAGCUGUGAGCCCACAUGUCCCUGCUGCGAAACGCAAUGCGUCAUCAGUGUGCUGUGAAAAUAGGAAAGGCGGAUGAAAGAUAAGAGUAAAGGAAGGAGAGAAGAGAGAGAGAGAGAGAAAUGGGACUGGUAUUACCAGCAGUGACUGGCACGUCUGCUCUGCCCAUGCCUCGUGACACACAUGACCCAGCAACCUGUUCAUCUCACACUCUGCAGAGAAGCUCGUUUCACGGGGCUGUCAUCACUUCAUUCUGCAGCGGCAUGAACAAGCGCAUACCCAUACCGCAUAGUGACAUGCCAUGCUUACAAUGUACAACAAACAGAAGCCACAAGUGCAGCUCCUACACAUCGCACUCCGCCUGGAACUGCGCUGUAAAUGUUAGCUCGGUAAAUAUUGACUCGUGGCCGUCCGCCAAGGCAGGCAGUGUCAGUGGUCAUUUCCACUAAUGAUUCUUUUCACCGGGAGCUUGGAAACUGGGCGCUCAGUGGCCGACCAAGCUUGAGAAGCCUCCCAGACCACACAGCCAGCCAGCUGCACAUAACAAGAGGCAUUGUCUCUGUUGUUUCCUUAGCCUUUAAACCGAAUGGAUUAAUGUGCCGGGCAAAUGUCAGCAUGGUCCUCGGAAAGAGACAUGCCCUUUGACUGUCUUUAAGAUGUCAACAGUGACCUUUGUUUGGAUAAAAUACAGAGCUACAGGUUUCUGUUACAUACAUUUGUGAUGUUUGAAUGUCUGAAAAGCUUCCAUGAAUGUCACAGAUCGUCACAGUGUUCUGAAAAUACUCAGUCGUCUUCUCCCUCUGUCUUUUCCAGGUGAGUCAGGCUUGGGCAAAUCCACUUUGAUCAACUCUCUGUUCCUGACGGACCUGUAUUCAUCAGAGUAUCCUGGACCCUCAAACCGUAUCAAAAAGACUGUACAGGUACACCGUGAAAAUGAAUGUCUUCAAACUAAAAUGUUGGACACAGUGGUGAAAACACCUGCAGCGAUAGCAUGCACUGAACCAUGAAAAAAACAGACACAGAAAGGAAACUGCUGCAGGUUUUAUUUUCUGCACUGAAUAGACCAAAUAUCUGAGUUGAAAAAUAGUUUUGCACAUCAGCUGAUAAAACUCUCCAAACCACCAGCAGCUAUGGUAACCUUCCAAAUCAUCAUGUUUUAUUUGAAAAUGUGGUCAAAAACCCACAAAAACUGAACAUGUAGCAUCUCUGAACACAUCCGUCUGCACGACACAAAUGUCGUCUGUAAUUCUUGUUUUUUCUUUUCCGAGUGUUUCCUUGACAGUUUGUUCCCACGGAGAUCAAGUGCACUAAAAGCCUCUCAGCUAAAUCUAUUAACAUCAAACUUCUUUGUUUGCCAGAUUAAAGCGACAACAGCAAUUAGACCAGAAACAUGCAGGAAGUCUGCACUGUUCAGAAAAUAUUAUGAUUUACAGCAUUACUGUGACAGAACAGACAGGAGCAUUUGAUAUUUAGAUAUUUGAUUUUUGUUUUAAUCACUUACCUUUAAAAAUGAUAUAUAUUUGUGUUAUUUUACUUUUUCUUUGAUGGUUUACAGUAGUCUGCGUUACCCAAGUAAUACUGUAAAAUUGGCGUUUUGACUUAAAAUUUGGAUCAAGUGUAUCCUGUCUUAGUCCUCAGUCUGCUCUCAUUUAUCAACUCCGCGCUGUCAUCUGACUCCCUCCCUAAAUAUUUUAAACUGUUAGGAUCCAGACACUUCUAAAAAUCCCUCUUUAGACCCAGCACUAGUAAAAAAAAAACACAGACUGAUUUCAAAAAUCCAGUUUCUCUCCAGAAUCCAUGAAAAACUUGUCCCCGGCCAACUUUUAAUAACUUCUCCUCAAGGGUCUUUACGUCUUUGAGCGGUUAAAAGUAGAUUUUUACAACAAACACAGCGCUAAGUCAGCAUUACUCAGGGUCGCUAAUAUAAAUAUGCAAACAACGGCAAAUGCUCCAGUCCUUUAAGAUUCAAUUGCUGCGUUUUAUAUAAUCAAUCAUACAGUAUUUCUGUUCAGGCUACAUCACUGCAGCAACAUUUCUAGUACAGCCUAAAACUGGUUCCUGUUUUAUUGAUAAUCAUGUUUCCUCCUCUGCUCUUGUGCUGUUUGGAGUUCCCCAGGGUUCAGUACCCGGGCCUUUCCUGUUCUCUCUUUACAUGCCACAGUUUAAGAAAUAAAAAAAAAUUGUGUAUUAUCUGAUUAACAGAUGAUCUUUCAUCACCAUAUCACUAAACUUGUUCAGUCCUGAGAAGAGUGUUAUUCUUUUACUUUAAAAACACUCUUUUAUUUUCUCCUGUUUGGAUGUUUGUAAAUCUCUGUUUACUUGCUGAAGUCAAUCAUCUUUACACUGCUCUUAAUUGGUUCAUAAAGCAGCCGCAUUAUAAGCUUGAACAGCUGUCAGUCUCAUAUCUCCCUCGCUGUCACAUCACUCCACUGACUCCCUGUUGAAUUCAGAAUUAAUUGUAAUUCUGAUAAUUACAUACCAGGCACUGCAUCAUCUCACCCCUAGUUACACUUCUGACUUGUUCCAUAUUCCACUCCUCAACCACUCAGGUUAUCUAACCUGUAAGUGCGACACAAGUCGAACAAUAUCAUCCACCCUGAUAAACAAAAACCAAACCUACUCAGUAGACCCUAAAUAAACCAACAUGCUCUCGAUUUUGGAGGACAGAGGAGAGUGUCUUUAAUAGUUGUAGAUUUUUUUGUGACUUUUAGGAUUAAAAAUAUUUUCUGAGUUGACCUGAUUUGUAAAACACAAGUUUUGACAGACUCUGAAAGAAGAUGAUUGACGCCUCGGGGACAACCUUAUUUGAUAUAUUAGGUUUAAACAAGUCAGACUGUCAGCUGCAGCCAUAAAUGCCAUCUCCCCCCAAUUACACAACGUUGUUCCAAAAGUUAAGUGCCUGGAGUGCUCACUCUUUAUCUGUCUGGCUCCUGACUGACAGCAUAGCUCUCUCCAGAUGCUCGGGUGCUUCUCUGGUUUCCCAGCAUAGCUAGCUAAUAGCACAGUGUGAGUGGACAUGUUGCUACAUGCUGCUAGCUUUAACUAUUUUCUUUGUGAAAUAUAUGAUCGGGGAUGUUAUCAGCCUGGAGCUGUGAUGAUUUCAAACCCUGCCUUGUAUUUACUUUUCUUCAAUUCAUGAAUUACUUGAAAGGUUUUGUUUCAAAGACGUGUUUUUAACCCAGCGCUCCCCUCACUCUCUUUUAUUUUCUCUAAUCAGGUUGAGCAGUGUGAAGUUUUAAUAAAGGAAGGAGGAGUCCAGCUGCUGCUCACAAUAGUUGACACCCCAGGGUUCGGAGAUGCCGUCGACAACAGCAACUGGUAAGAAUUUUGAACGUGUCAAAUCCGCUUGUUCCCUUUUUUUGUGGGGAUGUUCUUCUAAGCAGUGUCCGUCGUUUGUACCCCAAAGCUGGCAGCCGAUCAUCGACCACAUAGACAGCAAAUUCGAAGACUACCUGAACUCAGAAUCUCGGGUGAACAGACGACAGAUGCCUGACAGCCGGAUCCACUGCUGCCUGUACUUCAUCGCCCCCUCGGGACACGGGUACGUCACUUUUAUUUAGAGCCUGCUGAUAAGAAAGGGAUUGAAGAAAGGACUGAAGGGGGAUCUGUGAACAGUGACGGGUGGAUGAGGGGAAAUCAGAGGUCAGAGAAGCACUGCAGGGACUCACAGGGAUUGUUGCUUCAGAUAAAUAGAAAAUAUGUUUGAUGGACUGAACCAGUAUUGGCUGACUAAUGUUUUAAAUCCAUUUCUACAGACAUGUUGAUAUUGAAGCUUUAUAUACAGAACAUGUGAAUGAAAUGGAAGCUAAUCUAAAAAUAUAGGGGGUCAGCUCAGUGAACAAGAUGAAACAGUCAGUAAGUUUACAUGACACUCAAGAAAACCAAAUUAUUGCCUUACUCUGCAAUAACUCAUGCAAACACUUUAGUCAGACUGUAAUCAGAGUUUGAGAACUAUGAUUGGAGUCGCAGAACUCAGAUUAAGACACCCAGAUAAUGUGAUUGGAUUUAGAUUUUCUCUACCAUGUAACCAGUGUAGUCGGAGUGUGAUUGGACAGUGCAUGUACAAGUGCACUACAACCUCUGUAACUCCGGAACAAAAACACCAGAGAAGAAGUGGUGCUAUCAUUUAAAGAACUUCGACUCAGAAGCAACUGCAACACGGCUGAAGCACGAAAGAAUGUCCACUUUUAGAACAACAAGGAGAGGAGAGAGGCAUUAUGCUUUCCGUCCUGACAGAAAUGGACAUUUUGAAGUAUAUGGACGGUUGCAAAACAAGGAACGAAGACGUCUUUAAAAAAGGCUUGAAACAGUGCCGCUGAAAAGACCCUUAUACCCCCCUAGUUUUGGGGAGGAGGACACGUUCACGUCAAUAAUUCGAUUUUCUCAGCUGCAUGUAUACACGGAGAAUAAACGAUGAGUGGCAGUAACAGGGUCUUUGGGCAGAAGUCUGACAGCCUUCACUUGGUGAUUGCGAUGAAUAAUCGGUGAAUCUGCCCACACAGGAAAUGUCCGUUUUCAUUUAUGAAUCUUUUAAAUCGGUAAAAGACUUCACUUCAAAAACCUCAGAUCACACAGCCGCCUUACAAUCCAGGAAAACAGCCAAUGGAGCGUUUCUUCCAUGAGCAGGAACUCUUUUCUCUUUGUGGAGCAGCUCUUUGGCCGACAGCCCGAAGCUAAGGUCACGCUCUGCGGCUCCUGAGUGUGUGCAGUAAAUAUAUUUGUCUUGUCUUACUCUAUCUCCAAAACUGCUCCCCCCAGGCUGUUUGCUCCAAAUGAUCCUGUGAGACUGAGUCAGCUCGUCUCACAAAAUAGGGGUUAAAACUUGAAGCUCGCAGGAGGGGAAACGUGGGGGGUGAGUGGGGGGGUUUAUAAGUAAUAGAGUUGAAGAUGCUGGCAGAUUGCCCGGCCGUUGAUACAGAUCGACAACUUCUUCAUAGACGUGUCUGUGAGGAAUUGUAAUUUUAAAGCUAAUUCACGAGCCACUCCAUCUUUUUGUAGCCGUUGACAGCUCAGAUGUGCUUAUUUUCUUUGGAUAAAAAGUGUCUUUUUUAUGCCCAAGUCAGUCAAACAGGAGAUGGUGUGGGCGAAGCAAAAGUGAGAAACUUGAGAGGUUAUUUCCUGGCCUGAAACAAAAGCUGCUGUUUGGCUGAAAGCUCAUUAAAAUGUCCGCAGUGAUUUAAAAUGAAGCUAAAAUGAAAUCAGGGAUCAUAAUCCUGACAAAAGACAAAGGGAGCUCGUGGUGUUUACUGCUGGAGGAGAGGACAGUGUUUGUGUCAGCCGUGUGGAGCUCCAUUUCUGUUGAUGCGAUUGUUGUCCGUGUGCUCACACGUCCUUAAAGCUGUCGACCGUGACUGACUGACUGCAAACAAUGAAGAAGCCUCUGUCCUCCUCUCUCCUCUUCCUCGAUCUGUCAGUCCGUCUGUCCUCUCUGUGAGACAUUGUGUUUGUACAAGCCUGUCCUCUGUACCACACAAGCUGUACUUCAGCCUUGAGGAUGAGCAGCGUAUGUUCUCACACACAUACACACACACUCGCACACACACAGGACAGAGCAUCCCCUCACAGCAGCUGCCGAGUGCUCUCACACACAAGCACAAUGACCUCCAACACUGAGGGACAAUCUGGACAUUGAGCUCCCAGCUGAACUCUGGUGACUGGUUUGGCUUGAAGUUUUGAGGUCAGAGACUCACUGAGGAAAAGAUCACACACAACAAACAACAUUCAAUCACUUCAUGUGGCCUGAACCCGGUUCCAUCGAGGACCUGGGCCCCACUUUUAACCUGAAACUCAGUCUUGUGGGUCCUAUGAGGCAACAGGUGGUCAGUUUGUUGUGAUGAUGGCUGAACAGGUGAAGAGGUGUAACGCUUGGCCAAAACAAAACAAGGAGGAAGUUAAAUGCAGUGUAUGUUGGACAAGUGCUCCAAGGUGGGGUAGGAAAUCUUGAAUGUAAACUCUACCCCAACCCCUCCAAACCAGUUUUCCCCUCAGCUCCUCCUCUCCCCUCCCUCUCCGCUCCAGUAAGCCCCGCCCACAAACAGACGCUCCUGCUCGCUCGUAUCGUUCCAAUUAAAUUCAGAUAUAAUGUAGAUAAAUACUUCAGAUCAUUACAAAUGGAGCCCAGUCAAGGUGAAAGUAAACAGCAUUGGUGCUACUGUAGAUGCCAACAGACUACCAGCAAACACAAUGUUUGCAGGACUUCUACAACUAAGAUAAAAUGACAUAGUCCAGGACCCGAGGUCAACAGUUUAGCGAUGGCGCUACAACACGCUACAGCAGGUCCGUUUGACAAGAAACACUUCUGUUACAGACACUUGGCUUACUUUGUUAAAGCGCUUUACCUGUCCAGCAGAAAGGUUACAGGGUCACCAAGAUCCCCAAGUGUCCCCCAUCGUUUAUGUUGACCCGGCUUUUUAGCUCUUGUCCGGUCUACCUCCGUUUUAAGCGCCCGUUAUUCCUCCAGAGUCUCCAGUAUUUACUUUGUUUUCUUGCUAGUGUCGGCAGUCGUGGUCAAAGGAGGAUUCAGACAAUUUUCCGAACUUUCUGGUUGAUUUCUACUGUCCGAUAUUGUAGCACGCUAACUUUGUUUGAGCUCGUGAACGACACGGGGGAGCAGUGUCCGCCUCACAACCAAUCAGGUUGGGGGAGGCAAAGAACGGCUUUGUAUACAGUCAGAAAGAGCGGGUCGCUCAAAAAAUGUUCAAAUGUUGACUACACAGACAUAAGAGAACACAGAGAUAUUGUUAUAUUACCAAAUGUCAUCAACAACUAAUAGCUACUGACUGAUAAUAAAAGCUUUUUGUUUAUACACUUCAUUAAAAGAUGCUUCUAUAACAGAUUCCUGCCUACCCCACCUUUCAGUGUUGUGCGUCUAAAGUGUAGCUCUUUUUACCUUCUCCUCUACUGAAAGUAACCAUGGUAAUCACCUUAACUUCUCACUAUGAUGAUCUCCUAUGCCUCUGAAGUUUGAUCUGUAAGACAUCCAAGUAGUUUUGUGAGAGUGGAUACCCAUUUCUCUAUAAAGCCUUUGCUAAUACAGUGACCAGUGUUCGAUUAGUAAUGUCUGCUAAGAGGCGCAGCAAGUUUACAACAUCCGUCAAGAGCAAUGUGUGUGUGUGUGUGUGUGCUCUCUUGGUAUGCAUUACUAAUUAACCGCCAUUCAGCUUCCACAUCCAAUCAGAGGUUUCAGUGCUGGUUUCAGAUCGUCAGAGCUUUCAAUCACUGCCUUUCACUGCACUUCAUUUUCACGGGACAGAGAGCUCAGUCGUGUGAAAUCAGAAGAGCUGAAGAGGAAAGAUAAAGAGACUACAGAGGGAUUUCUUUGAUAUGCAGACGAUCAUAACUUCUGCUAACAGUAACCCUGAAAUAACCCUGUGAAUCUCCUCAGAGGAAGAACUCUUUUUCCAUCAAGAAAUGUUAAUGUGUUUUGUAUUUGUGGAGUUUCUUGAUUUUUAGUAGGUGCUUCCAUGUGAGUGUAUUUCAGUCUGUAAACACUCUGCAUUAAAGCUACCAUAAGAAACUUCUCUUUUGUAUUUACUUUGUGGACAAAACGGUAUGUUUUAACUUUGAUUUGGUUAUUAGACAACUUUUCUAACAAGAUAUCUACAACGAAAAAUCCAGCAGCUCAUCAGUCUUCAUUCUAGCCAGUUUCUUUACCAGCCAAAACUUCUCACAGGAGCUUUAACUCAGUCACAACACGAUGGAGGCGAGAGAGAAAGAUAGAGAAGUUCAAAAAUAUGUUGAUGUUGUUUUCUGCUGGACCAGGAUGAGUCUUGAUCAACAUGGUGAAAGUAAAUCACAGUGAAGCUGAUGUUUUGGGGUUUUCUGAAUUGAAGCCUGUCAGCAGCCUAUUGUUGUGGUUAGUUUGUGAAGGAUGACAGCAAAGCAAAGUCAUGACCUUAAGGGCUGCGGCUGCGGUGUCUGGUGCAUAGUUCAGUGUCUGCGAUUGGAUUUGAUAAAAACAGGUAGACAUGGAGUAUUGAUAUCUCCUCUUAUUCUUGUUGGUGUUUAAAAACUGCUCCAUAGAUCAAUGUUAUAUUUCUAUGAAGUGUUACACAGACGAUCAAAGCAGUUGCAUUUCUUGCUCGUUAUUGACUCAAGUCUUCAGCAGAAUGUCAGCGGUAUAAAUAGACGACCGUUUAAACUGUUCUCAUCGUGGCUCCUUUGUCAGAUAAUAACAGUUCUGCUGUCAGCUGAUGAAUUCAGGGUUUUCUUCAGUGUCAGAGGAGCUCAGAGCUCCACACUGACCUGCGUGGCUGUUGGCUCUGUGACAAAGACAAAUCCCACUCUCAAUAAAACGGCAUCAGAUCCUGCUUCAGGGCAGAUUUUUACCAAGAGUGACAUUUCUGUUAUAAGUGAAUAUUAAAUGUUGAGCUGUAACUCAGUUUUUCCCCCUGACUCCACAGACUAUUUAUUCAAAAGCAGCACUUUCUCAUGGCUACAAGGUCGUGUUCUUAGACAUAACAAACAUCAGUCAUCAGCUCUAUAUUUGGUUUUGCUCCACUUAUCUGUGCCCUGUCCGAGAUGAAGCGAACAAAAGAAGCAGCUGUAAAAUAUCCAGUUAACUCCUAAGAUGACAAAACUUUACUGCAGUUUUAUUACUUUUAAAAGUGUGUUAAAGUGUGAAGAUAAGAUAAGUGUGAUUUAAAGGUACAGGGUGAUUUAGAUAAAUUCAUCACAGCCUGUAGUGUGCAGUUGAAUUGUGCGUAAAUCUGUUUUCUUUCUCUCCGUGCAGGCUGAAGCCCUUGGACAUCGAGUUCAUGAAACGGUUGCACGAGAAGGUCAAUGUCAUCCCGCUGAUCGCCAAAGCAGAUACCCUCACCCCUGAGGAAUGCCAACAGUUCAAGAAACAGGUCAGAUGUUUCCACAGCUGCAAGCUCCUGCUGACGACGUAGACGGUGUUUGUUUUACUGUCAUCGUUGGUUUGGUGGUCCCAGUGUGCAUCAUGAAAACCUCUCUGCUUGCAGAAGCAUUUCAGGCUGUUCCCUCUGGGGAGGGAAGCGCUGAUUAGAUUUCUCUGCAUUAGAAGAAGUCAUACUCAGCUGGUAUCUUUAUAAGCCAUAUUUAAUCAAAUCUAUCUAGAGGAUGAUAAAAAUAUCUUUGCUUUUCCGUUUAGAUCAUGCGGGAAAUCCAAGAGCACAAAAUAAAGAUCUACGAGUUCCCAGAGACGGAUGAUGAAGAGGAGAACAGGCUGGUGAAGAAGAUUAAGGUACUCUGCUGCCUGACAUUUUACUCUUUUUUUACUCAACCAAGACCCACAUUUUUCCUUUAAUAAUCCUUUUUUUCUUUUGAACCAGGACAAGUUGCCAUUGGCUGUUGUAGGAAGUAACACCAUCAUCGAGGUGAACAGCAAGAGGGUCAGAGGGAGACAAUACCCCUGGGGGGUCGCCGAAGGUACGAAUAUGGGCUGGGGUCACUGUAACCGCAGUGAAAAAUGCUGAAAUUCAUUUUCAGAAAGGAAGAAGAGAUGUUUCCAAACAACCCCUAAAACAGUGGGCGGCUUCAAAUGAGUCAAUAUUAAAACAAGGGCGUGUAGUAAUGAAGUACCCAUGAGCUACAUCACAUGGGUCACAAAAACAGGAACAUAGCAGUACCAACGUUUCCUGGUAUCAUUAUAAAAAGGUUUCAUAUCUAUUCUUCAUCUGAUGACUUAACUGACUCUUUGUUCCUCUUUUUAGUCGAGAACAGCGACCACUGCGACUUCACCAUCCUCAGGGACAUGCUCAUCAGGUAACCAAAUCACAAAAAGAGAGAAAAACUCCUUUUAUUUAUAGAUCAUGAAACCUAAAACCAAACAGGCAGCUUUAAACAGAAGCUCUGAGCAUUAUAAAUGUCAAAUAAGUAUUAGUACCUUUAGAUAGAGUUAUGGCUGAAAACGCAGAGGAAACAUGAUUCAGAGAUCAUCUGAAAUAUUUUGAAUUCUCUCCAGGACUCACAUGCAGGACCUGAAAGACGUGACGAACAACGUCCACUACGAAAACUACCGCAGCAGGAAGCUGGCUGCCGUCACCUACAAUGGAGUGGACAACAACAGGGCUAAAGGUCAACUGUCCACAAAGUGAGUAACGGACGACGUUUAAGAGAAAGACAGACAGCAGCUGCAGUCAGAGCAGAGAGGAUGGGCUCAAAGAUUAGAAAACACAGAACAGAGCUGGUUCUGGUGUUAAAUAUGUUAAGGUGGUCAUAGUGCUGAGGAGGGUGCAAAAAUUUUAUUCUAUUCUAAAAAAAAGUUUUCCCCUAAAUUAUACUGUUUCCAUAGCAACAAACUACAUUUUACUGGUUUUAUUGCUUAGUUGUAGAGCAUAUAAAGGUGUAAAAAUUGUUUAACACACUGGAGCAGGAUCAUAAAAAUCUACACGGACAAAAAAGUCAUAAAGAGAGAGUCACAGUUUUAGUGUAAGUUAUAAAGAAGCUUAACUCAGCGAUAUGAAGCUGAUAAAGAAACGGAUGUACUCAUGUUAGUCUCAUAGACAAAGAGUCUUCAGUUUAGUAGUAAAAAUAAAAAGCCAUGUUUUGUCGGGUUUGUCUGUAAGAGGAGAAGAAAACAGCUUUAGAUGCGUUUGUAGUGAAGGUCAGGUCUAUCAUGUGUGAUACACUCAGGAGGUAAGGAAAUCUAAAUCUGGUGUAAUGUUCCCGUCCUCUGUGGAGCUCUCCAAAACCAGCUCGGACACGGCUGCAGCCUCCAGUCAAGCAUCCCGGUUGUGCACAACACCUUUAGCUGGUUUGUUCACAUUGAAACAUGCUUUAGACUUGAAACAACUGAAUGUAACACCAGACCAUGAAGUAUUUAGCUAUUCAGUGUCGACAUGAAUUGUCUCAUGAAUUCUGGUUAAUGCUGCUGAGACUAACGGAGAGUCAAGGAUGUGCAGAAAAAGAAAGUCUCGCUCAGUUUGUUUGAAUACGUUUCGACUCUCUGGACGUGUCAUUGUUAAAGUGUGGGGGUUGUUAUGUUCAGGGGUGUUCAGGUUCUGUUCUUUGUCCGUUCAUUGUCUGUCGGUGAUGAUCAACAAACCCUCAGUGAUUUCGCUUCUCUACUUUGCAUAAAAUCAUGCCACUGAUUCUCAUUCAAAGCACCACGCUGCUUCCUCAUUCAUGGAGUAACAAGCCAACAGCAAACGGCUAACUCACUCACUCACUUAGCACCACGGCUUCACAGCAGCCUCACACUGCUGAUGCUAACACACAGCUGAACAUCUGAGCGGAUCUGCUAAUACAUUCGACACUCUGCUCACAGAGCAGACGCUGUUUUCAUCGAAGCUCUGAAAUCACAGAACAUGUUCAAUUAGACCACGUUGAUUUAUUUUAGUGCAUGAGCUCAUUAUUGCAUGCUGUCUGUGUGUGUGUGUCUAUGUGUGUGUGUGUGUGUGCGUGUGUGUGUGUUUGGUUGUAUGUGUCUUCAUUUUUUAGACUUGACACAGUUGAAGGAAUGUAAGUGGGCUUAUUUUUCUUAUUUUAUGAGACCCUUGUGUUUGAUUUUCAACCCUUCCUUUCUCUCCUCUCCCGUUGGCUGCAUUCGGGUGAUUUCCUCUCUCAUGUUGACUUAGGCCUGCCUCCCCCCACCUCCCCUUCCCUCCAACCCUGAACCCCCCCAACCAACCUCCCUCUGUCAGCAGAUUUUUCCAGGAACAGCGGGGGGUGGGGGGGGACUGUGAAUUAACACAUUUAUGAAUACAGCCUGUCAGUUAUGAAUGUGAUGGCCUGUUUUUCUCUGAAAGCAGAACUUUAGAAUUGUGCUCUCAGCGCUGGUUCCACCUGCUGCUACUGCUUGGAUUAACAAACGAGACCCGAGUUUGAGAUGUAUGGAGCGAUUCGAAUUGAUCAUAACCGGUCUUAAUCGGAAUAAGGCAAUCAUUGGGUUUUCUCGAGUGUCGUGUAAACAUACUGACUGUUACGAUCUAAGAACCUGCUGCAGCGAAAACAACACUGCAGAAUAUAUGUUUAGCGUUUGACUGAUGAAAUGCUCAUGAAUUUUGCAACUCUGUUCGUCGUCCACCACUAACGUUUUCGUCUAGUCUCGUCUCGUCAACGUAAACGCACAUUCGUCUCGUCACAUUUUAGUCAUGUCAGACUUAUGUUUAGCUCGUCAACGUCACGUCUUCGUCGUGGAAAAAAAGGGGAAAACAACACUGACCUGCUGGCUAUUGUCUUAUGACAUCCAGUCUGUUUGUUUCUCGAGGCUUCAGGUGUAGCCAAGAGACUUACAGUUUCGGUCAUGUUGUGUCCAAACUGAAGUGCAGCUACUUGCCAUUCGCCCGGGCUGUGGCUUCAAUUACAGGCAAAGGCUAAAAUGCUUUAAUUCUCUACUAUCAGGAUGUAAACGAGCACAAACCACUAACAGGAUAACAUAAUACAGGAUUGUUUUUUCCACUUGAUGAGAGAGAAUGGAGUCAGUAUUCAGAAACGGUGUCUAAAUGUGGACCAUUAGCUUUGGUUUUAUGCAGAUAUCAGUUAAUAGACACAAAUUAAACCUAAAUGGUCAUCAGAGGACUGCAGAUGUGUUCCUAGUUUAUGUUUGUAUGGAUCACAGCCGGCUCCUUUGUUUCCGUAUGAACUGCCUUCCUGCGUAAUCGCCAGUAUCAACAAAAAUCUAGAGCACGUACUUCAACAAUCCUGCCCUGCUGCGCUCAGAUAUUUGUCUUAUUCUGUCGGCGUCUCUAAAUGUAGGUCUGCGGUGGUAAAACUUGCCGUCUGUUUCUCGUCGCCCUUGUUCCUCUAAAAUGUCGUUUAAAUUGUCACAACGCUAAAAUCAGGGUAGGUUGGAUUUUACUCCUGGCUUUACUCUGUUCACACACCAUCCCUCCACAUAUCUCACGUGAGGUGUCUCUCUGCAACAAAAGGUCUCAGCGAGCUUUACUAACACGAAACCACCGCCCGCACUAACAGCUGCUGUCCACAGGUUCCUUGCAUUUUGUCCUCUUUGCUCGCAGUGACGUCUCAUGGUUGGUUUCCUGUUCCUGUCACAGCCUUGUGGGAUCCCGUCUUUUUACCUCUCACUCAGUUUUUCUCCCUGAAUCCCGAUAUGAUGUCUCUCUUUUGAAGAUGAGCGCAGAUGUAGUUCUGAUACAGUUAUUAUAUUCUUGGAUUAUAGUCAGUUUGUUGUCUUUCUGUCAGCUCAGAUUUUUUACUUUCAGCUGGCUGGUUAAAGUGCAAAAUAAGCUCUUCUUUAUCUCUUCUUCUCUUUCUUUUAAAUGCAUGAAAACAACCUGCAAAAAGAGAAGAAGAAAUAUUAAAAUAAAAUCAAAUUUAGUUUAAAUGUUUAGUGAUAGAAGACAACAAACAGAUAAAGUUAUGCAGCUUAUUGUUCUGGUAGAGAUAAAUGAAUGUUUAGAGUGUUUCAGCGUACUGAUCAUGAUGCCUGCAGUGCUGGUCUAAAUUUGUAUGUUUGUGUGGUUUUGUGUGUGUGUGUGUGUGCGCGCUCACAUUCUUCCUGUGCAGGAGUCCUCUGGCCCAGAUGGAGGAGGAGAGGCGAGAGCACGUGACGAAAAUGAAGAAAAUGGAGAUCGAGAUGGAGCAGGUGUUCGAGAUGAAAGUCAAAGAAAAAGUGCAGAAGCUUAAAGACUCUGAAGCAGAGGUAAAAACACGCACACACACACACACACACACAGAAAAACAGGGACCUGGUUUCGAAAACGCCGCAGUUCAUGUGAUUUCACUCAUCCUCGUCUGCUCUCCUUCCUUCCUCUUUCACUGACGUGUGUCAGCGGUUCUGUGUGAGUGUAGGAGGAUGUGUUGAAUUGUGCAAAAGUUGUGCCAAAAACUUGUUAUCGAGAAGAAAACAUCUCCCAAGUGUGUGACAUAAACUGGCCAAGCUAUUAAUGAUGGGACCUCUGACAUCCUCUUGAAAUCAGGGAAACAUGAGACUGGAAUUUUGGCUGUAGUUAAGUUUUUAAGUUUUACCUUCUGAUACUGAUAUCAUGUAAUUUCAGUGUGUCUGAAUGAGGUCUGUUGUUAUAUCAGAUUUUCUCCUCCCUAUUAUUGUGGGCAAAAACAGCUCACAACAACAAUAUUAUAGCAAUAUUUUUGGAAAACUAAGAAAAACACACUAUCAGUCAAAUGAUUCAAAGUUAAGAUGAGGCCCGCUGGUUUAGCAGUCUUCACACGUGCCCCAUAUACAGAGGUUAUUCCUUUUAGCAGCUGGCCCGGUCCUCUCCUUCCUCACGUCCCUCCCUGCUCUCUGUUUCCUCUGUCCUCUGUCCUCUCCUCUCUAAGUAAAAGCAGAAAACCUUACAUGUCAUCAUCCGCUCUUCUUCAAACUAUUCCAGCUCCAAAAAUUGUCUUUGGAUUCUUUCACGUUAGUUUUUCCGCUGACUUGUUCCUCUGCAGCUCUGAUUUCCUGUCAUCGGUCUGUUAAUGAUAGUUUUUGAUUUUCCUGCCCGUCUCCUGCAGCUUCAGCGACGUCACGAGCAGAUGAAGAAGAAUCUGGAAGCUCAGCAUAAGGAGCUGGAGGAGAAGAGACGUGUGUUCGAGGAGGAGAGAGCGAACUGGGAGGCCCAGCAGCGCCUGGAGCAGCAGAAACUGGAGGCCUCCAGGUACGAGCAGCUCUCACUCUCAGACAGCAUCGCAGUCUUCAGCUGUCUUUAUUCCAACCUCACACAUUUCUAAGCUCAUAUUUACUGCAGAAUGCAUGCACUGUAGGAAUGACAUGCACAUUAGUUUCAGAGGGGGUUGGUGGUGGGCAGUGAUGGAUUAGCUCCACCUUAUGACCAAAAGACCCUACUACAGAGGGAGACACUGGAUUUUCUCAAACUUGGUCACAAAGGAAAACAUCGUCUGAUAGCCUGGUGAACAAAACAUGACAAAAACCUUAAGAAACAUCACCUCCUCUGAUUGUGACAUUUUCAUCUCUUUGUCUUGAUUUGGGCGUUUGGGUUCUUAAAGAGACAGUAACUGAAAUUGAGCACUUUAUACUAACUAAAAUGAAGGUUUUAAAAUAUUCCCAAUACUUUUUUAACAUAGUUUAUUUAGUGAAAUCAAAACAUACAGAAAAUGUUGAGCGGUAAAAAUAGCUCUCAGGUGAACAUUGUUCUGUUUUAGGGGUCAAAAGUCCAAAGAUGAUCAUAACUUCUGCCUACAGAGUUGUAGAAGCACAAAACAAACAUGUAGGAGGGCGGCAGUAACUCAGGAGGUAGAGCGGGCGUCCAAUCACUGGGAGGUUGGCAGUUCGACCUCCUAUCCCGAGUGUGUCCUCCACUGGUGUAUGAUUGUGAGUGUUGUGUGGUGGUGGUCGGAGGGGCCGUAGUCGCAAACUGGCAGCCAUGUUUCCGUCAGUCUCCCUCAAGGCAGCUAUGACUACCAAGGUAGUUUACCACCACCAGGGUGUGUCUGUGUGAGCGAAUGAAUGAAUGAUGUAUCCGGUUUAAAGCGCUUUGAGGGUCUCUGAUAAAGGGCUGUAUGAAAUCUGAUGCAUUAUUAUUAUAAUUAUUCUUAUUCUUAACUUGCGUUUGUUGGUGUUGGUGUGAGGAAUGACAGCGUGGCAUGUCUGGUCUGGUGUAUCACAGCUUGUUUUGUUUUCUGGAUCACGAGAAAACUAAUCCUGUGAUCAGAGAACACGUGUUUGUUAUCUCAGGAUAAUGAGCCAAAUGAUCAGUUAUGAUGUGAAAACUUGAUUUUUAAUCCUGAAAUGAAAAGAAAAUAAUCUAAAUGACCUCAACCUCCCAGUUAAUAAAGUUAAUUGAAUGUAUGGAUAUCCCCUCUACACAGAGCGUCCUCAUAAGAGUGAUUCUAUGUUACUCAUGAUCUAGUUUUGUGUUUCUCCUUCUGCAGAACUCUGGAGAAAAACAAAAAGAAAGGCAAGAUCUUUUAAAGGACAGACGGCAGGACCACCCCAACUCAAGUUUUUUCUGUUUGCCAACGUUGCCGGUCAGGACGCCAGUGUGUGGCACUGACAUCACCCACCUCCUCCCCCCUUUCUCCCCCUCUCCUCCCCUUCUCCCAUUCCCCACCGCCCUCCCCCCUCCUCUCCACCCUUCCCCUGCUCUGUCUGCCAGCACAGCUGCACUCCUGCUUCCUACCACCAGAGGGAGCGCUAGAGCAGGUAUGUGAGGAGGUGGGGGGGGGGGGGGGGGUCGAUAUGAACUCUCCAUCAGAACUGCCACCGCAGAGCCUCCUCGCUGCCUCGGGACUCAUACUCAUGAAAGAAUGUGUUAAAUGUGCCGACAGAAAUCAAUAACCCAUUUUUAGAAAGGCCAAACCCUCAUUAUUAUUUGAAUUAUUAUUAUUAUUAUUAUUGAUGUUAUUAUUAUUAUUAUUGUUGUUGUUAUAACUGAUAUACUGUCCCCGCCCCUAUUUGCUGCUCUCUUCUUUUCAUCCCAAGGUUGCUUUGAAAUGACUGAUGUGUACAGUUUUAAGGAGAGAACUGCAGACAAAAAAAUUAACCCGAGUCAUGUGUGACUGUUGUACAAUCAAUUUUUGGUGAAUUGUAUUUGUUUACAGGAAAACUGAAAGUAACAGUAUAUGACCUUUAACCCGCUCUUCUAUUGUGUUUUAAAGUAAAAUGAGGACAAGGCAUUAACUAAUCCUUUUUGUUUUAUUUUGAGUGUAUCUGGUAACUCAUGAGUAACCCUUUUUAUUUGAAUGUGACGGUCUAAAAUGAAACAGUGUCAACAAAAAAAAUCUGAACUCAAUAAAAAAACCGACAAAAAUGCACCUUGGGCCUUUUUAUAGACGUAAAAAAAUGGCUAAAAGUUCUUUUUUUAAACAUUAUGCUUUCUUUUCUCCUUUGUGUUUAGCUUUUUCCACUAGCCUUGGACCACCAUUUAUAACUUCACAAGUGUUAUAUUUCACUUUAGUUUAUUUUUCUAUAUACCGAGCCAGCUAAAGUAAUAACUUCUUUUGUAUGUUGAGAACCUCCUCAGACUUGAGCAGCGUCCGCUGUUAGAAAAAAGAAACACACCUCCAACUGUGACCCUGAAUUCUUAAAAGAAAAGUAAAAAAGUUUCAAUCACUCUGCUGCGGACACCGAUCAGUGGGAAAAUGAAGAGUCGACACCGCAAUUUGCUUGGCUAUGUACUCCAUCUCUGUAUUUUUAAUUUUAUUUUUCAUUUGUAUUGUACAAAGUCACUUAAUAAACCUGUGAUGAGA